AGUAGUGACUUGAAGCCCAGCCAUGCAGUCGUCCGUGCUAUGCCUGUUGGUGGUGGUGGCGGCGGUGGCGGCGGCACCACAGCGGGAAGGAGCCGCCUUCACGAAGGAAGCCAUCAAGCAGGCACAAAACACCUUCCUCAUCCCUAAGGAUGCUGAGAUCCAGAAAGUUCAAGAAGGCAUCGAGCUGGCCGCUUACGAGUCCAUCCCCGGUAACCAGAGGAUCAACCUCUUCGAGAUCCUGGGCGAUCAGCUGCCGUCCGAAGUCAUCAACAACCUUCAAGGCCAGAUCGACCAGGUUGGCAAACAAUAGACCAAGUUAACAACCAGUAACGGAAUCUGAGACCUACUGUGUAGGUUAAGGUUUAAAUAUAAGAAAGAUAUAUAACAACAUAGAAAAGGCGAGUCUUUAGAAAAGUGUCAUUUCGAAAGAAGAAAGUGAAACAUUUGGCUUCUCAGCUAAAAUUAAUAAUACAAACGAUGUUACCUAAGGUGUCAACAAAAUACAAUUGAGAAAUGAUAUUUCUGAAGAUGUUUAAGACUUGGAGUCAAAUCAAGCUAAUUUAAAUAAUGCAAAUGAUAUUUGUGGUAUCAUCGUAGACCCGUUACUGGCCGGCGAUGGUGCAGAGGCCUUCGCUGUUAGUAUUAAUUUAUUGGUUGUGCAAUGUGCAGUACAAGGCAGUGAAUGUGAUAUUGUGUAACAUCUUUUACUUUUAUAUGUUUGUACAUUAAUUUAAUAAAAUGUCUAACAGUA